AUGAGCUUCCCACCCCCCGGCCACGGGCAAUAUCCGCAGUAUAUACCACCGCCGUAUCAGCAUGGGCCACUGCCCCCGCAGAUGCUGUAUAAUGCCGGCCCUCCGCCAGCACCCUAUGAUGGCUAUGGGAAGCCGGGGAUGUAUCCUCCCUCGAUGAUGGGAUACUCGUAUCCAUCGACAUAUUCUCAACCCCAGCAGCAAGUACAGCCGCGUCAUCCCUCACAAACUCCUCCGCAGCAGCCACUUCAAUUGCAGCAACCUCUCCAACAACCACCGCAACCCCAACCUCAGCCGCAACCACAAUUUCUCCCUCAGCUACAGUCACCUCCACCUCGGCCUGGACCUGCUCCUGCUCCUGCAUCUGCACCUCCCCCUGCAUCUGUGCAUGCACCCGCACCUCCACCUCCUCAGAUUCAACAACCAAUCCAGCAAGAAGACUUACAGCAUCAGUUUGUGAAUCCCGCGCAAUUGUUUGUACAACAACCUCUGCCUACUGCCCCGCGGUCCCGAUACACCCAACUCCCUCAAUAUGCCGAGCCACCUAUUAUGCCAAAUGCAAGCCCUUCGCAAAUACCCCCGGGACCUUCAUUUGGCCCACCAGCUGCACCUGUCCAUGUUGCUCCGCCUGCUGCUAGCCCUAGGCUGAAGACUCCAAGCAACCAAGGACCAGCAAAUAUCCAUAUCCAGCAGCAACCAAGUCAACCACCGAAACCACACUCCCAACUACAACCGCAGCCUCAGCCUCAGACGCAACCGCAACCACAACCCAUCAUCAAAGUCGAACCUAAGCAACCUCACAUCUCCCCCAAAGUUGAAACCCAGCAGAUCCAUGCAACUCCUAUUGCAACGCCGAAACGACCCCAGCCAGCCUCAUCACCAGUGAUGCAUUCUAAGCCGCAAGUCAUGGUACCAGCCCCUUCUCCCGACGUUCAAGCAAAGAUACGGACGCAAAAUCAGACACCGAAGAAGCAGCAGACCACGCAGCACGUGGAAAAGAAGCGCCCGAGUCAGCAUUCUGCUGAAAAGAAUGGGAAGCCUCCAGCUGCCAAACCUGCGAAACCCCCAGUCGACUAUCAGGUUCUCUUGUUGUCCUUGGCCGAUGAAUAUCUCAACGCUGCUCAUUCUCAUGGAACAACCACGUCCCUUGCUACACGUGAGGCGGAUGUUGAGGAAUAUUACAAACUAGUCGCUACGGGACUGGGCUGUUUAGAGGCUGUCUUGAAGAACUGGCGCUUGCAACCACGCAAAGAAGCGCUUGUGAGACUUCGCUAUGCGCGUACGUUGUUCGAGGAAACGGACAAUGAUAUCGAGGCAGAAACCGCAUUAAGCAAAGGAAUCGAUCUUUGUGAACGAAACCGUAUGCUUGAUUUAAAGUACAGCAUGCAGCAUCUCUUGGCGCGAAUGAUCCACAAGUCUAACCCCAAAGCUUCCUUGAAAGCUGUCGAUGGCAUGAUUCAGGACGUGGAAGCAUAUCGCCAUGCUGCGUGGGAGUACGCAUUCCGUUUCCUUCGAGUAACGCUCUCAUUGUCGUCUCCAUCACACCAAGACUCUGUGCAGGCACUGCAGCACCUUCACAAGAUUACAGCCAUGGCAAGUCGGAACGGAGACAAGGCUGUCUCAGCAAUGGCGGCUGUUAUCGAAUCACUGGCGCACUUGCAGCAAGGGACGAACUCGGACUCGAUUGAGCAAGCGCAGCGUGCCGUGGCUGCUGCGCGUAGCCAUCAACUAAAUGAUGAGCUUCGCCAUAUCCCCCAACUUACGACCUUGAUCCAGAUGGUAGAUAUCUGCUGCAGCCUUCUUGAGUACGAUGUCAACCAAUCCGGUCAGAAAUUGAAGAUCAUGCAGGCUUUGAUGGAUGAGACACUUGGUGACACCAACUGGCGUCCCGAUGGGUCAUUCUCCGUCCCACUCAAUGGAAAGUCCGCCGGACCCUCCUCGAUUGACACCGGUGAUAUCUUGCUAGUCCAGAAUGGGACAUUGUGGUUGAGCUUUAAUUGGCUUCCCCAGCACGACCUAUAUGCACUUUGCUACUUCCUCAGUUCGAUCACACUCAGUGCUAAAAACUCAUACGAUGGCCGGAAAGCAGAGAAAUAUCUCGAGGAAGGGCUUCGCAUGAUCCAGGGCAACUUCAGGGUCCCUCAAGAGAUUUCGGAGUCCAUGGCCAAUGCCAACCGACGAGUGCAAUGGCGUCAGUCUCUUUAUUGCAACUUCCUUCUGCAGAAGGUUUUCCUGGCGUGUUCUCGAACCGACUGGGAGCUCGCCAGCCAAACUCUCAAUAACCUGCAACAGGUCUUCCAAGAGUUUGGCUCCACACUUCCGGACACCAUUGAAUGCUUAAUGGAAUAUGCGGCCGGUACCAUCGCACAGGCAACUGGCGAUCUCAAGACCGCACUAGCCGUCUUCCAAUCGCCACUUCUGUCUCUCAACGCAUCAACCAGCAAGACAGCCCGGAACGACCCAUGCCGUGACACGCGCAUCCUCGCUGGUAUCAACAGCGUCCUGAUAAUCCGCGAUCCGGCCCACCCCUCGCACUCCCUGCUACCAACCGUUCUAGCCACCAUCGAGCCCUUCUGCCAAAGCAGUCCAAACAAGUACAUCCAGGCCGCCUACUACCUAGUUUGCGCAACUUUCCAAUCCGAAUCAACCAUUCAGACCAAACAAUACCUCCAACAAGCGCUCCAGUCUGCCACAGCUAUCAGCAACAGCCAGAUCACCUGCAUGACGCUCACCUUCAUGAGCUGGAAGUAUUUCCGCGGCGUAGUCGGCGAGCAAGCCGAGAAGAGCGCGCGUGCUGGCCGCGCCAUGGCCAAACGCGCAAACGACCGCUUGUGGGCGAGUGUCACUGAUGAUAUGCUGGCCGAGACCCUAGAACGACAGGGCAAGAGCGAGGAGGCCCAGGGCGUUCGCGAAGAAGGCCAGCGCUUGGUGGCAGGCCUUCCCCCAGGUUUGAGUCGCUUUGCUUAG